AUGCGUCAAUAUCAAAAAAGAACAGCAUUACAGCCCAAUCAUUGGCGCUUACAAAAGCGUCUUGUUAUUACGCGACACUCAUUGCGCCACGCUUCCGUUAUUUAUCGCUCUGGUAACUAUUGUUUACCAGCGAAUCAAUCACAAGCCGAAAGAGAUCCUCAGUUAGAACGCCAAUUUUUUAUUAUGGAACAAUCCCAACUUCACACUAUAUAUGAGAAAAUGCUGUAUUUAGAUGUUCCUCUACCAAGAGCAGGCCAAGUGAACUCACAUGUGCUUGACUUUGUGGACCAAUUUGCCAGUGAUUUUGAGUUGAUUGGUACAACAGCACACGAUUUACGUGGAUUUGUGGAGGUUUUGGACCGUGCGUCUCAGCGUACGUUUAAUUCGCCUUUGAUUACUCGUCAUUUGUUUCAUGCGCUAGUACGUUUGGGUGAAUUUGAAGAAGCAGAACAUGCGUUGCAUUCGUAUCUGUAUUUAGUGGGAUUGGUGUCUCAUGGAUGGAAAGAAACUCGAUAUGAUGGACCCGCUGUGGUGUCAAGCAAGACAGGAUCGAGUAGACCUGUGCCAAAUCCUCGUCCUGAUGUAGUAGAUCAAGAGGAUAGCCAUGAAAAGAAACCAGGUGGUGUUCGUGAAUCCAUCAUGAGCGACGUAUCUGAUAUCAAAAUGGCUGAAAAAGAAAGUAGUAAACAUACCCUUCAAGUACUUUUAGCAGCUAUCAAAAUGUAUUGUCAAGAUUUAGGCCGUAGUGUAGAAGCAGUAGAGAUGGCAGAAAUCGCUAAAGAGUUUUAUCAAAAGCAACAUAAACAAGAGCGCAUGACAGUUUUAUUAGACAUAGGCCCAUGUGUGUAUCGUGCAAUUGGCAUUGCUUAUGGCUUACUGGGAUCUCAAACUCUUGAUCCUGAACUUCGUCCAACCUACCAUGAGACAUCCUUAAACUAUUUAAAACAAGCAUUGGAACUCAACUCACAUGCCUGGCAAUCAUUUUAUCAACUUGCUUUACAACAAGCAGAAAUGCGUGAUAUUGGUCAAGCAAUUCAGUCAGUUACUCAAGCUAUUCAGCGUAACCCUAACCAUGUUCCUUCGUGGCAUCUAUUGACUUUACUCAUUUCUUGUCCUGUUCAAGACGACUACAAACAAGCACUCAAAACAUGCGAUAUGGGCCUUCAACAAGCUCAUAUGGAAGACCAAGAGGGAGAAGGUGACAUAAACCAGUUUGAUGAAGCCGAGCAACAUAUGAUGUACCAUAUCACUCGUAUCCUUUUAAUGCACACUAUGCAUGGGCCAGAAUCAGCACUUGAAUCUUCUGAGACCUUGUUUAGUCUGUUUCGUAAAGUAGCUAUGCCAGAGCCCUCAAUGAGUACAGCUAGCUCAGAGAAUUUGGCUUAUGCAGGCGCACAUCAUGGCAUGAUUGUUUCUGGAUCGUUUGGUAAUCUAAGCGAAUUGAAUUUAGCAGCAGAACAAAGAAAACGAGGACGUAGUACUAGUAACAGUACGACCAUGUCUCAACUUCCUCAUUCAGCUGUUGAACUAGGAUCUCGAUCACAUGAUAUUAUGCUAAACCCUACUACAGAAACAAAAAAGACAGGGAGAGCACGCUCUGCUUCUAAUCUAUCAAUGCAACCAUCACCUUUAGGGCCAAGUCAUAGUCAAUUAUUAUCUGUGCCUGAUACAAGUGCAACAACUCAACAACAGCAACACCAUCAUCAUUUACCUCAUGGGCUUCAUUUGUUUAGAUCUAGAAGCUCUAGUAUUCGUAAAUCGCAGCAGCCUGAAAAUCUAGUUCCUUCUUCUUCAGCUACGACCAAUGCUCCUAAAUCUAAUGUUAGUAUGCAGUCUCUACCUACAUCUCCUUAUGAUAUGAAAAAUGCUGCUGGCAACUCAGUUGCAUCUCUUCAAAGUAUUGCACCUUCAAUCAUGAGCACAAAUUCCAUUUUGCAACCUUCAACGAUACCCACAAAGCCUAGUACACGUAUGGUGUUACGAAAGGAACGCUCAGAUCGUAUCUUAUCUGACCUUUGGUUAUUGACAGCACGCAUGUUUAUCCAACUAGGUAAAUUAGACGAAGCACAUAAAGCGUUAGAAGAAGCAGAGAAUGUGGACUGGACCUCUAAUCCUCAAGUAUGGUGUGUCUUGGGUCAGUUAUUGCAAGCAGAGGGUGAUCCCGAGCAAGCACAGGCUGCUUUCUAUAAGUCUUUAGCUAUUGAUCCUCAUGAUGUUACAUGUCGUUUGGAACUUGCCAAAUCACAUUUAUCGCAAGAUAAUCAAGAAAUUGCUGAAGGCAUUUUAGAUGUCAUGACAAAAUCAAAUGGUUGGAAUUGUGCAGAAGCAUGGUUUCAUUUAGGUGAAAUAUACAAAAAUACAGACAGAAUUGAUCGUACAAAAGCAUGCUUAUUUUAUGCACUUGAAUUAGAAUCUACAACACCUAUUCAGCCAUUUUCUGUCUUGUCACGUUUUGCAUAA